GGCCCAACAGGGAGUUGUAGUUCUCUUUGAAAGUCUCCGUUCUUUCGCCUAAAAAGCAGGAUAUGUGGCGUCAAAAGGUAGGGCUUCCGAGGAAGGAGGCUCGACUUUCGAGAAAAGGCCAGCGACUUCGACAAGGGGCGGGGCCGCUAGACAGGGGCCCGAAACCUGGAGCCAGCGUGGACCAAUCAGGCUGCUGAGAGCGGUUCCUCUGCGGGGAAAGUGGGCGUGGCCUAGGGGGGAAAUCGCAGAGAACACACCGGAGGUCCUAGCCCAGGAAAACGCCCUCUGCGGUGAAGGAGAGACCACGCCGCCAUGCCUCCCGCUGGGCCCCGUGCAGCCCUCCUUCUCCUGUCACUUCUGCUGCUGCUGCGCGCUAUUCUGACCGUGCCCCUGGAGCGGGGGGCGCCCAAGAAGGAGAAUCCCGCGACCGAAAGCCCCGACACAGGCCUGUACUACCACCGGUACCUCCAGGAAGUCAUCAACGUGCUGGAGACGGACGGACACUUCCGGGAAAAGCUGCAGGCCGCCAAUGCUGAGGACAUCAAGAGCGGGAAGCUGAGCCGGGAGCUGGACUUCGUCAGCCACCAUGUCCGCACCAAACUGGAUGAACUCAAGCGGCAGGAGGUGUCGAGGCUGCGGAUGCUGCUCAAGGCCAAGAUGGACGCCCAGCAGGAGCCCAAUGUACAGUUGGAUCACCUGAGCCUCCUGAAGCAGUUUGAACACCUGGACCCUCAGAAUCAGCACACAUUCGAGGCCCGGGACCUGGAGCUGCUGAUCCAGACAGCCACCCGGGACCUUGCCCAAUACGACGCAGCCCAUCAUGAAGAGUUCAAACGCUACGAGAUGCUCAAGGAACACGAGAGACGCCGUUAUCUGGAGUCCCUGGGAGAGGAGCAGCGAAAGGAGGCAGAGAGGAAGCUGGAAGAGCAACAGCGCCGGCACCGAGAACACCCCAAAGUCAAUGUGCCUGGCAGCCAAGCCCAGUUGAAGGAGGUGUGGGAGGAACUGGAUGGAUUGGACCCCAACAGGUUUAACCCCAAGACCUUCUUCAUACUGCAUGAUAUCAACAGUGAUGGUGUCCUGGAUGAGCAGGAGCUGGAGGCCCUCUUCACCAAGGAGCUGGAGAAGGUGUAUGACCCAAAGAAUGAGGAAGAUGACAUGCGGGAGAUGGAGGAGGAGCGGCUGCGCAUGCGGGAGCACGUGAUGAAGAACGUGGACACCAACCAGGACCGCCUCGUGACCCUGGAGGAGUUCCUUGUAUCCACGCAGAGGAAGGAGUUCGGGGACACCGGGGAGGGCUGGGAGACAGUGGAGAUGCACCCUGCCUACACGGAGGACGAGCUGAGGCGUUUUGAGGAGGAGCUGGCUGCCCGGGAGGCAGAGCUCAAUGCCAAGGCCCAGCGCCUCAGCCAGGAAACCGAGGCUCUGGGGCGCUCCCAGGGCCGCCUGGAGGCCCAGAAGAGAGAGCUGCAGCAGGCCGUUCUGCAAAUGGAACAGAGAAAACAACAGCAGCAAGUCCACAACAACCCAGCACCCGGCCCCGAGGGACAGCUCAAGUUCCACCCAGACACAGAUGAUGCACCUGUCCCGGCUCCAGCUGGUGACCAGAAGGAUGUGGAUCCUUCAGAAAAGAAAGUUCCAGAACAGACCCCUGAGCUGCCCCAGCUGGAGUCACAGCACCUGUGAUCCUUCUGGGACCCCAGUACUCUGGGUUCCUACUGAAGCUGAUGGGAGGGGGAUGAGGUGUCACAAUCAACCUCCUUUGGGGGCCUGGCAACACCUGUGGCCUGCUGGGUGGGGUGGGGUGCGGGGUCAGGAUGGCACUUUCCAUAUUGCUGCCCAAGCCCUGUAUCUGCUGCCUCAGCUUCCACAGCCUUCCAGUCUGUGGUCCCUUCUUUCUGUCCCCCUCCGAGGGACCUGCCUUCGCUUGUCCAGUCAAGUGCUCACUGGCUCAGCCUACCUUAGGGAAGCCCCCUCCCUCCCAAAAGGGUCUGCUCCAUGCCUGCCUUUCUAGUUGGUUUGGCCUCAAUGCCCAGGUUGUGGCCACUCUGGCAUCCUGCAUCCCCACAGCUACUGGAAUCCUGCCUGCUGCUCUGGGCCCAGCUUCUGUUGGUUUAUGGGGCUUGGGUGGUCCCUUAAGACCUUUCUCUACCUUUUGUGGGACCAGCGAUGCCUCAAAAACAGUGUCUCCCCCACGGCUGGGUGUGAGGGCCAGAAGAGUCCUCAGCAUAGCUGAUCACCUCUCAUACCAGGAGCCCUGACUCUCCUGACCCCUGGCUUCCAGCCACCUCAGCCUCCUCCCUGACAUCUUGGCCCCUAGCCCCUUCCCCACACAACCCCAGAAGGGUCACAGAGCUGACUCCACCCCAGGAUCAGGUUCCAGCCCCUCAGCCUUUCUGGCCUUAUCUCACAUGGCUCCCUGCCCUGCUCUGUACUCUGGUUCCAACCAAAUACACCUUCUGGAACAAAUCCA